AUGAACGAUCCAGGUCUCGAUGAACCUAUCUCCAACGAUGCGGAUGAUGUAGAGAAUCAGCAACGCGAUGAGCGGGAUGAGACUAAAGAAGAUGAGGAUGCUUUUCUUGAACCAAGCCGUUGGUGGUUUGCUAGUACCGCAUUUCCUCUCGUCGCCGGCACAUUUGGACCCAUGGCCUCAGCAUUCAGUAUUUGUGCAUUGGUUGUACACUGGAGGGUAUUGAUACCACCGGGGGGUGUAGAAGAGCAUGGGAUAUACAUUGACGAUCCGAAAUGGUUGAUCGGGAUAAACGCAGCGCAAUUGGCAAUCGCCCUCACUUCGAAUCUAUUCCUACUUUUAAAUAUGGCGGAAAGGGUUCGGUUCUCGAUCGCACAACCUAUAACAAUUAUCGGCUGGUAUCUAUCCUCUUUUACAUUGAUUGGGCUGACGGCUUGCGCUUCUGGACCUUUGAUACUUCCAUCACCUCCUGACCAUGCCUAUACCCAAGCAUUCUACUAUGCUCUAUUUUCUGCCGGCCUUUACUUUUUGGUGGCUAGUUUGAUGGUAAUUACGGUAUAUGGAGCAUACAAAGGACACUAUCCAAAGGAAUUCAAAUUGACCAUGAGUCAAAGAACUUUGAUGUUACAGACGAUUAGUUUUCUUGUUUAUCUACUCGCUGGUUCGGCAGUGUUCGCUCAUAUCGAAUCAUGGCAAUAUCUUGAUGCGGUUUAUUGGUGUGAUUUCACACUGUUAACGGUUGGUAUUGGAGAUUAUGCUCCAAUGACACAUUUAGGAAGAAGUCUCUUGUUCCCAUUCGCGAUCGGUGGUAUCAUCAUUCUGGGGUUAGUUAUUGGUUCGAUUCGAUCACUGGUAUUGGAACGGGGUAAGGUCAAACUAGGUGCAAGAAUGGUCGAAAAGGAACGAAGACGUAUCGUAAAGAAGACCCAGAAGAAAAAUGUUGAAGUAUUGAAGCCAAUCGCAACAGGAAAGUCAUCUCCUGAGUCGAGCAGCACACUCGUCAAUCACGAUGGUCUUACGGAAAGAGAAAGACGUCAACAAGAAUUCGAAUUAAUGAGACGAAUUCAAGAAGACGCAGCUACCAAACGUCGUUGGACUUCUUUGAUUAUCUCUGGGACUACAUGGUUGAUACUUUGGUCUGUUGGAGCUGCAAUAUUUCGAGUCACAGAGUACACUCAAAAUUGGAGUUACUUCGAAUCUCUCUAUUUCUCCUACACCUCUCUUCUAACCAUCGGCUACGGUGAUUUCUAUCCACAAUCCAAUUCCGGCAAACCAUUCUUCGUCUUCUGGUCCCUCCUCGCGAUUCCCUCUCUCACAAUCCUCAUCAGUAAUAUGGGCGAUACAAUCAUCAAAGGAAUCCGUGACUUUACUCUCUGGAUCGGAAACUCCACUAUCUUACCUGGUGAAAAAGGACUAAGGCAUUCUCUCAAAGGAAAAACAAAGAAAAUGACGUUUGGAAAACCAUUUGAAGUAUCCGAACAACCUCCAGGUGCCGAAGUUGCAGGAAGUCCUCAUCAGGAUAAUGAGAACACUGGUCGUAAUGCUGCAAAAAAUGAUCCUGAAUCUGCGGCCCAACGUGCGGAAAGCGAUCGCGACGAUCUUGAAACUAAGCGCGCUAGGAAACAAGGAGAGAAAAAUGAUAGAUUGCCUGAAAAUCAACAUCAUUAUCAUUGUAUCCUCGUCAAAGAGAUUGGAAAAGUGAUGAAACAUCUAAAUAGCUCACCGCCUAGAAAAUACACAUUUGAUGAAUGGGCAUGGUAUCUUAAAUUGAUAGGAGAAGAUGAGAGUGAGGCGAGGAACCAUAGGAAAGCAAUCAGGAAACCAAGGAAGGCAGAGGAUGAGGAGUUAGGUGGUGCAAAGGGCGAAAGGAGAGAGGAUAGAGGAGAAAAAUGGAGUUGGCUGGGUAAUAGAAGCCCAUUGAUGGGGAAUAAGGAGGAGACGGAGUGGGUGUUGGAGAGGUUGCAGAGGACACUGGAGAGGGAGUUGGAGGAGAUGAGGAGGGAGGAGAUGGAGAGAAAUGGGGAGGAGGGGAAGGAGAGAGGGCAGGUGGUAGAAGAGGAGGUUAAAAAUGAUGAAUGA